CACGUAAACGAACAUAACACAACACAAAAGACAGAACAGACCGGUUACAGAUACACACACGUACACACUGAGCUGCGUGAACAGUUAGCACCGGUAAUAUAUCAUGGGGAAAAAGCAUAAAAAGCAUAAAUCCGAGAAGCACACAUUCGACGAAUACGCAGACAGACCGCUGAAGCUCGUCCUGAAGGUGGCGGGUAAUGAGGUCACCACCGGAAGUGCCAGCCUCGAACCCAUUCACGACGAGCAGGUAGACUCUGACAAGCACAAGGACAAAAAGAAGAAGAAGAAAAAGAAGGACGAAAAGGACAAGGAGACUCCCCCAGGGUCACCCGGAGAGGAAAAGAAAAGAAAGAUGACGAAGAAGAGGAAAGGUCACGAUUUGGGUGACGCAGACUGGGACGAGCAGAGCAGAACUCCAGCCCGGUCCGAUGUAUCCCAGGAUAAACCCCUCACUCCGUCACUGGUUAAACCAGAAGAAAAAGAACAGACGCCACUACAGGAAGCACUGAGUCAGCUGAUCAGGCAGUUACAGAGAAAAGACCCGAAUGCGUUCUUUUCGUUCCCUGUGACGGAUCUGAUUGCACCAGGCUACUCUCUGAUCAUUAAGAGGCCGAUGGAUUUCAGCACAAUGAAGGAAAAAGUGAAGAGAGAGUGCUACCAAUCACUAGACGAACUGAAGAUGGAUUUCAAGAUUAUGUGCGAGAAUGCCAUGAUUUACAACAAGCCAGAUACGAUUUACUACAAGGCUUCGAAGAAGCUUCUGCACUCUGGAAUGAAGAUCCUGAGCCAUGAAAGACUUGAGAGCCUGAAGCAGAGCAUUGAGUUUAUGGCAGACCUGAAACCUGGCAGAGGUUCAGAGGACGCAGAGGAACAAGGCUCAUCCAUGGACCACAAAGACAGGUCGUCUCCCAUGGAUACCAGUGACAACUCGCAGUCCCCCAGAGUGGCGCACAGAGACACACCCAGUAAAGAGUCUAAAGAGGAGGCUCAGAGGAGUGCAAACCAGGCAGAGAAAGAUCUAGAAGAGAUUAAGAAGUUGAUAGAAGAGUCUGGAGGGAAACUGUCCAGCAGGAGCCUUCAGUGCGAGGUGGACUUUGGGCGGAGGAAGUCUGAUGGUACGACCACGCUGGGCAUCGUGAACCCUGCUGAUCUAAGUGCUGGAGAUCCAGGGUAUUGUCCAGUGAAGCUGGGGAUGAUGGGAGGCCGGCUUCAGGCUGGAGUGAACACAUUGCAGGGUUUUAAAGAGGAUAAAAGAAACAGAAUUGUUCCAGUGAUGUAUAUGAAUUAUGGACCGUUCAGCUCCUACGCUCCAACGUACGAUUCCAGUUUUGCAAACAUCAGUAAAGAGGACUCUGACCUGAUCUACUCCUGCUAUGGAGACGAGUCUAGCCUACAGGGUUCUGAGAGUGCUGCAGAUUUCCUGGCCAAGUCAGAAGAGUAUAUGUGCAGACUGGCAGAUAAUGUUUUGGACUCCCUGACCAACGGAGAGCACUCCAGACGUCUGAAAGAGACCGAAGCUAGUACGCAAGAAGAGGAAAAGCCAGCAGAGAAGGCAGUUGCUGCAAAUGAUGUUGAGGUGGUCAGGUCGGAGUUCAAAAAGGCAAACAGCAACGUUCUGACUUCAGUCAUCAGUUUGGGUUUGGGUCUCGACCUCAUACCAGAGAGCUUUGACUCGCAGGAAGCUGAACAGUUCCAGAAGAAGCUCGACGAGACAACGCUUUUGCUGAGGGAUCUGCAUGAAGCUCAGCGAGAGAGACUCAGUGCCAAACAGCCUCCUAAUAUGAUCUGCCUGCUCGCUCCUACUGCGAAGGAGUUACAGCUAGCGGAGAAGGUGACGGAAAACUUGGCACAGCUGACCAGUCAGGUGACUCCUGGAGAUGUGAGCAGUGUGUACGGAAUUAGGAAAGCUAUGGGCGUGUCACUGCCUAGUGAUCCUGCAGAGGGGACAUUUACACACCUGACCACAGUGGGAGCAGAGCAGCUGGACGGAGUGUGUACAAGCUCUGACGACGUCUCUGCCAUCACAGUCUAACUCUAUUGGUCACGCCCGGAUCGACGAUGCUCACUUUGCCUGAUGUUUAUAUACAGUUUGCCUAAUAAAUGUUUUUUUUUUUUUUUUUUAAAUAUAUAAUAUACCUGGG